CUCCCAUUGGAGAGGGCACGCGGGGCUGGCCCGGCAGGCUGGGCCCGGCCCGGGUGGGGCGCUGCAGCCCGCCGAGCCUCCCGCCCGCCUGGGCUGGGGUCGCGCUGGUUUGAACUCCCUUGCCGGACCGCCUUGGCCAUGGAGGACGAGCGGAAGGACGGAGCCUACGGAACUCCACAGAAGUACGACCCCACCUUCAAAGGACCCAUUUACAACAGGGGCUGCACAGACAUCAUUUGUUGUGUGUUCCUCCUCCUGGCCAUUGUGGGCUACGUGGCUGUGGGGAUCAUAGCUUGGACCCACGGGGACCCUCGAAAGGUGAUCUACCCUACCGAUAGCCGAGGCGAGUUCUGUGGACAGAAAGGCACGAAAAAUGCGAACAAACCCUACCUGUUUUAUUUCAACAUUGUGAAAUGUGCCAGCCCCCUGGUCCUGCUGGAAUUCCAGUGUCCCACCCCCCAGAUCUGCGUGGAGAAGUGCCCUGACCGAUACCUCACCUACCUGAAUGCUCACAGAUCCCAGGACUUUGAGUAUUACAAGCAGUUCUGCGUGCCUGGCUUCCAGAACAACAAGGGUGUGGCUGAGGUGCUUCGGGAUGGCGACUGCCCUGCUGUCCUCACUCCCAGCACACUCUUGGCCCGGCGAUGCUUCCCAGCCAUCCACGCCCACAAAGGGGUCCUCAUGGUGGGCAAUGAGACGACCUAUGAGGAUGGGCACGGCGCUCGGAAAAACAUCACAGAGCUGGUGGAGGGUGCCAAGAAAGCCAACGGGGUCCUGGAGGCACGGCAGCUGGCCAUGCGGAUAUUUGAAGAUUACACAGUCUCUUGGUACUGGAUUGUCAUAGGCCUGGUCAUCGCCAUGGUGAUGAGCCUCCUGUUCAUCGUGUUGCUCCGCUUCCUGGCUGGCAUUAUGGUCUGGGUGAUGAUUGUCAUGGUGAUUCUGGUGCUGGGCUAUGGAAUAUUUCACUGUUACAUGGAGUAUGCCCGACUGCGAGGUGAGGCCGGCUCCGACGUCUCCCUGGUGGACCUCGGCUUUCAGACAGACCUUCGUGUGUACCUGCACUUGCGACAGACCUGGAUGGCCUUCAUGAUAAUUCUGAGCAUUAUCGAGGUUAUUAUCAUCUUGCUGCUAAUCUUUCUACGGAAGAGAAUUCUCAUUGCCAUUGCGCUUAUCAAAGAAGCCAGCAGGGCCGUGGGAUACGUGAUGUGCUCCAUGCUGUACCCACUGGUCACCUUCUUCCUGCUGUGCCUUUGCAUCGCCUACUGGGCCAGCACUGCUGUUUUCCUGUCUACUUCCAAUGAAGCCAUUUAUAAGAUCUUUGAUGAUGCCACUGACUGCCCAGUUGCUGGGAAAACCUGCAACCCUGAGACCUUCUCCUCUUCCAAUGAAUCCCGCCUGUGCCCUGGUGCCCACUGCCAGUUCGCCUUCUACGGUGGUGAGUCAGGCUACCACCGGGCCCUGCUGGGCCUGCAGAUCUUCAAUGCCUUCAUGUUCUUCUGGCUGGCCAACUUCGUCCUGGCUCUGGGCCAGGUCACGCUAGCUGGGGCCUUCGCCUCCUACUACUGGUCCCUGCACAAACCAGAUGACCUGCCUGCCUUCCCUCUCUUCUCUGCCUUCAGCAGGGCGCUCAGGUACCACACAGGCUCUCUGGCCUUUGGUGCCCUCAUCCUGGCCAUUGUGCAGAUCAUCCGAGUGAUGCUGGAGUACUUGGAUCAGCGCCUGAAAGCUGCAGACAACAAGUUUGCCAAGUUUCUCAUGACCUGUCUCAAAUGCUGCUUCUGGGUGGGAAGAACCCUCAUUCCUAUCCAGGGGGCCUGAUCCUCCCCUCCUACCCCACUCCAGAUCGCCAUCUAUGGCACCAACUGCUGCACCUCAGCCAGGAAUGCCUUCUUCCUGCUCAUGAGAAACAUCAUCAGAGUGGCUGUCCUGGACAAAGUUACUGACUUCCUCUUCCUGUUGGGCAAACUUCUGAUUGUGGGUAGUGUGGGGAUCCUGGCUUUCUUCUUCUUCACCCACCGUAUUAGGAUUGUACAAGACACAGCACCGCCCCUCAAUUAUUACUGGGUUCCUAUACUGACAGUGAUCGUUGGCUCCUACCUGAUUGCCCAUGGCUUCUUCAGCGUCUACGGCAUGUGUGUGGACACGUUAUUUCUCUGUUUCUUGGAGGACCUAGAGAGGAAUGAUGGCUCAGCUGAGAGGCCUUACUUCAUGUCUUCCAACCUCAAGAAGCUUUUGAACAAGACCAACAAGAAGCUGGUGGAGUCCUGAAGGCCCUGCCUUGCCCUGCUUCCCAGGAAAGUUUCUCACUGGGUGCUCAGCAGCUGGAGCAGAACCCCCCAGCCCAUAGAGCUGACCGGAAGUCCUGUCACUGCUGCCCCCAUCCAAUUACCACCAGUUUCUGGGGACCUGGAGGAUUUAUGGUAUCUUCUCCCUGCGGCAAGGGGCAGUUGGACUUUCCGUGGCAGCCCCCACGACUGUGCAGCGUGUCACUCCAGUCCUCACUGGCCCGGAUAGGGAGAAGUUCUGUGAGGGCCCUUGCUGUGUCUGGCAUGCGAUGGAGCCCAACUUCUGUGGGCUGCCUCAAGCUUCCUGUUCCCUCUUAUGGCGUGAUGACGGUGUUUUUUGUCUGCUCAAGCCAGGACUGAGCCCCUUCUCCAUAACCGAACAGCUGGCUCACACAGACUGCCACAUGCCUUUCUCUAUUAUUUUUUUAACUUGGCCAUGCAUUAAAGGGUCUAUUAGCUUUUUUCUGUCUCAACAGCUCAGAUGGGGCCACUGAGGAGUGCCUUCAGUUACCUGGCAUAGCUGGGGUGGGAGUGCAUGCCCAGGUCGGGUGUGGCACUGGGCCCUGUCGAUGGGUUAGGAAGGAGUGAAACUGUCCCGGGAGGCCAUUGGGAGCAGGAGGGAGGGGACUGCUAAUAGCGGCCUCAUGGAAGCCUGCUAGCUGGAGGAGCCAGGCUCAAUUUCCCACCUUCUUCUGCCUGUUGACACAGCUCUCUGUAAGAGAAAAGAAACCGAAUCCACCCAAGGGAUGAUUUCAGGAGAAAGGAUGUGGGGCAGGUGCCGCAGGCACACCAGGCCCCCUGCCCAGUCACCUCAUGACUUUAGGAUCCUUUUGCCAAAUUAGUUAAACUUGGGGGACCUGGUCUACCAGUUCCUCCUUCACUAAGGCCCCCAACUUCAUGUCUGAUCAUCAGCAUAGUUCCAGGAUCUCAGGGAGGAAGAAAUCCCUGCCUGAGGUCUCUGUGUCCUACGCCUAUUGCCAGCCCUCCCACCCAUUCUGUACACACACCCCUGCGUGUAACUGCAUUCCAACUACUAAUAAAGUGCCUAUUGUACAGAG